AUGAUGGAUCACUUGCAGCAGCAGCUAAAACACGCACAAGAUCGAAUGAAGAAGCAACCAGACAAGCACCGCACGGAUCGGUCCUUUGAGGUAGGGGAUCUGCUGUACUUGAGGCUUCAGCCAUUCAUUCAGACAUCGGUGGCUCAGUGGCCAUAUCAAAAGCUGGCGUUCAGAUAUUACGGGCCAUAUCCUGUCAUAGCUCAGAUCGGGAAGGUGGCAUACAAGCUCCAGUUGCCGGUCGACAGUAAAAUACACCCAGUUGUGCAUGUCUCUCAAUUGAAGAAGGCAAUCAGUCCAGGCAUUUCGUUUACCAAGUCCCAGCCGGCUAAUAACUCCGGCCGGGUCAUACCGCCGGAGGAACACAGCCUGAAGGUCAAACGAUCGAAGUGCUUGUUCGCGCAGCAGCAGAUAAUAUACUUGGGGCACAAGAUCAGCAGUGAUGGGGUGGCCAUGGAUGACAGCAAAAUUGAAUCAGUCCGUGAUUGGCCGCGUCCGGAAUCAGUUCGUAAGCUGAGGGAGUUCUGGGGGCUGGCGGGCUAUUACCGUAAGUUCGUCAGAAACUUUGGUAUCAUUUCUCGCCCCUUGACGGACAUGCUUAAGAAAGGUACCUUGUUUAUCUGGACACCAACGGCUGAGACAGCAUUCAAUGAAUUGAAGAAAGCCCUGGUUCAGGCCCCGGUGCUGGCAUUGCCAGAUUUCACAAAGAAGGCUCUCGCCCCACGCAACCUUGAAUUCUCUGCUUAUGAAAAAGAAUGCCUAGCGCUGAUGCUUGCAGUGGACCACUGGUGCCCGUAUCUGCAACACGCGGAGUUCCUGGUGCGCACGGAUCAAAAGAGCUUGCUCCACUUGACAGAUCAGCGGCUAAACACACCAAUUCAACAGAGAGCCUUCACCAAGCUCGUGGGUCUUCAAUUUCAAAUCCAGUACAAAACGGGCAUCACCAACAAGGCAGCCGAUGCGUUGUCAAGAAGAGAUCAUUGGGAGGAGGGGGAGCUCGCAGCAGUCUCAGUCUGUCGGCCAGCAUGGCUCGAGGCCGUCGCAAGCAGUUAUCGUCAGGACACGGAGGCCCAGCGCAAACUGGAACAGCUAACGCUGGAUCCAACUAGUGACAGUGAUUACGCAUUGCAGGAUGGGGUGAUUCGUCACAAAGGACGCAUUUGGAUUGGCUCUUAUGAAACAACUCAGCUAGCCUUGAUCAAAGCUCUGCAUGACAGCGCGAUCGGAGGCCAUUCAAGAUUCUAUGCUACUUAUCAUCGUGUCAAAAACCUCUUCUCUUGGAAAGGGUGCACUCCUUUUGAAGUGAUCUAUGGGCACCUGCCGCGGGAAUUUGCAUUUACACAGGUGGAGGAGAGCUCAGUGCCGGACCUGUCAGCGUGGUUACAGGAGAGAGCAGUCAUGAUGGAUCACUUGCAGCAGCAGCUAAAACACGCACAAGAUCGAAUGAAGAAGCAACCAGACAAGCACCGCACGGAUCGGUCCUUUGAGGUAGGGGAUCUGCUGUACUUGAGGCUUCAGCCAUUCAUUCAGACAUCGGUGGCUCAGCGGCCAUAUCAAAAGCUGGCGUUCAGAUAUUACGGGCCGUAUCCUGUCAUAGCUCAGAUCGGGAAGGUGGCAUACAAGCUCCAGUUGCCGGUCGACAGUAAAAUACACCCAGUUGUGCAUGUCUCUCAAUUGAAGAAGGCGAUCAGUCCAGGCAUUUCUGUAAGUCCGAGCCUUCCACCAGCUAACUCUGUGUUGCAGGAAGAACACUUCCGUGAGGCGAUUUUGGCAACCAAGUUCAUCAAGACGCAAGGGGAGAUGCGCCCACGACUCCUGGUGCAGUGGAGCGAGAUAUCGCCGUCGUUGGGAACCUGGGAGGAACCAGCAGACCUUCGUCGUCAUUUUCCAGCAAGCACGGCUUGGGGACAAGCCGAGACUCAAGGGGGAGAAUGUCACGCCUGCAGGGGCGACCCCGACGGCAGAAGGCCAAGGAGAGGGACUGGACCAGGUGGCAGUUAG